AUGAUCGGUCAGAUUGUGGGAACCCGGGAGGCUACUCUUGCUGUUGACAACCGUUGUUCUACCCAGCAUGAUGACUUGGUACAGAAAGGGCGCAAGAUUGAGUCCUUAACGGCCGAGAUCAGGCGGUUGGGUAAGGAAAUUAGUGACCUGAAGGCAACCAAUAAAACGCAGGAGAAGGAUGACUUAUCAAAGUUAUUGGAUGAGUCUUCAACCGAGAAAAAGGGGCUCCAGGCGGCGAAUAGCCAGUUGACUGCCGAGAAAGCUGCCCUUCAGUCGGAGAAGGAUGCGUUAUCUGUUGAGUUGACUGGCGUAUGUGGUAACUUGCAUGCCGCCCAAGAGGAUUUUAAAAAAGCUUCUGGGCGAGUACAGGAGCUGGAGCUUGCCUUGCCUUCAGUUUUUUAUGAUUCUUUUAACAACGCCCUGAAUCAGGUUCAAUUUCGAUAUCCUAAGAUAGAUGCUUCGGGCUUGAGUGCCGAUUAUGUGGUGGAAGGGAAACGCCUGCUUCAUAAACUCUAUAAUGGCGAGACGACUGUGAUACAGGAAGGGCCUGACUCUGAUGAGGAAGAGGAUGAUGUAGAGGAAGAACCAGCCAAGUUCGGUGACUCACCUUUAGGCGACCACCAUGUGCUGAGCGGAGAGCAACCCGUAGAUGGCGAACCUACUGACGCCGUAGAGAUCCGUAGAGAUCCCGUCGUGCGGAUCCCAUCGUUGGCGAUGGUGUUAUUGGCAACACUUCCUUUGGAAGGUAUUGGUGAGGAAGCUUCAUCUAGGAAUAACGUUGAAGACACUGCUGGGGAGGACGCCACUGAGGGGAAGCAUGGUACUUUUCAUUCAUCUAGAAAGGAAGGCUUUUCGUUCAUUAUCAAAGCAGCCCAAGAACCUUCAUCUUCUUCAACUGGGUUGCUUUCUCAAGCAUUCUUACAUAUUUUUCAGGAUAAUCCUUUUAGGCCCAAGCUAAAAAAUAGCAAUGCACUUGAGUCUUUUGGCAGUCUGAGAAGUAAAAAGACAUCAGCUAGAUGGGAUCCAGUUGAAGCAUGUCGGCCUAUUAUUGAUGAAGCCCCUGUGUUUUAUCCGACUGUUGAAGAGUUUGAAGAUACACUCAGUUACAUAGCAAAGAUACGUCCCCAUGCUGAACCCUAUGGCAUAUGUAGGAUUGUCCCUCCACCUUGCUGGGUUCCACCUUGCCCUCUUAAGGAGAAGGAUCUAUGGGAAAAUGCAUAAUUUCCCACCCGUACUCAGUAUAUUGAUUUACUUCAAAAUAGGGAACCUAUGAGGAAAAAAAGUAGGGGAAAAAAACGAAAACGUAGAAAGCACUCCAAAACAGGCACAUGCAGGAGUCUUGCCAAUUCAGCUUCUGGAGCUAAUAAUGCUUCUGAAUCUGAUGAGAAAUUUGGAUUUCAAUCAGGGUUGGACUUCACGCUUAAAGACUUUCAGCAAUAUGCUAAUUUUUUUAAGGAAUGCUACUUUGGUUUGAAAGAUACCAAUGAAGAUGGAAAACUUAGUGAUAGUAACCACCAAAAGAGAGGGGAGCCCUCUGAGGUGGAAAUUGAAGGUGAAUACUGGCGAAUAAUUGAGCAACCAACUGAUGAGGUUGAGGUGUAUUAUGGAGCUGACUUGGAAACUGGAGCACUUGGAAGUGGUUUUCCUAAGACAUCAUCCUUAACUAAGAGUGAUUCAGAUCAGUAUGCCCUGUCUGGAUGGAAUCUAAAUAACUUCCCGCGACUGCCAGGUUCUGUACUUAGUUUUGAAGGAAGCGACAUCUCAGGAGUUCUAGUGCCAUGGCUGUAUGUUGGCAUGUGCUUUUCGUCAUUUUGCUGGCAUGUUGAGGAUCAUCACCUUUAUUCGCUUAAUUAUCUGCACUGGGGUGACCCAAAAGUAUGGUAUGGAGUACCUGGAUGCCAUGCUUCGGUUUUUGAAGAUUCAAUGAGGAAGAACUUGCCUGAUUUAUUUGAGGAACAACCAAAUCUACUCAAUGAACUGGUUACUCAGUUAUCUCCUUCAAUUCAUAAAUCUGAGGGAGUUCCUGUGUAUCGUACUGUUCAGCAUUCUGGGGAAUUUGUUAUUACCUUUCCAAGGGCAUACCACUCUGGCUUCAAUUGUGGCUUCAAUUGUGCAGAGGCAGUGAAUGUGGCUCCUGUUGAUUGGUUAAUGCAUGGCCAGAAUGCUGUUGAGCUUUACAGUUUGCAAUGCCGUAAGACAUCAUUGUCACACGACAAGCUGUUAUUUGGAUCAGCAAAGGAAGCUGUACGAGCCCUUGCACAGCUAGCUCUUUUUGGAAAGGAAACUCCAAAAAAUUUGAAUUGGAGAAGUGUGUGUGGGAAAGAUGGAGUUCUUACCAAGGCAGUUAAGACAAGAGUAAAGAUGGAAGAAGAGAGGCUAAACUGUCUUCCAACUCAUUUUAAGUUGCUGAAUAUGGACAGUGGGUUUGAUUUGGACAAGGAGAGAGAAUGCUUCUUUUGUUUCUAUGACUUGCACCUAUCUGCUGUAGGUUGUGAUUGCUCUCCUGACAGAUAUUCUUGUCUUAAGCACACAAAUUUGUUCUGCUCAUGCGGAACGGACAAAAGAUUUGUUCUGCUUCGAUAUACUAUAAACGAGCUAAAUAAAUUGAUUGAAGCAUUAGGAGGAGAAUUGCCUGCUAUCGAGGUGUGGGCAAAUAAAAACUUCGGAAUGGUUUCUGCUGAUGCCAAUGAAGUUUGCAUAGAUAAAUCAGUCAUGGAGAGAGACAUAUACGAAACCAAGAGCCAUGAAGAAGUGGAAAUCUCAACUGGUACAAGAACCAGGUAUUGUUCAAAUUUAAAUGUAACUGAGAUUCCUUAUAUUGAUAAUAAGGUGGAUAAGACAGCUUCUCUGGAUUUAAAUCUUGAUGUUAUGUCUGGUGAAAAUGAAAACUGUUUGAUGGAUAUUGCUGAUAACCAUCAUAUUAAGGGUGUUUCAGUAGAGGAAAAAGUAUGUUGUUCAGAGGCCGGAAAGGAACAGGACAACAUGGAACUUGGUGGUGACAGUAUCCUAUCACACUUGUCUUCUGUUGUGAAGACAGAUUUUUCAUCACGUACAAGGGAUGUUCAUAAUUCUAGUACAUUUGAUGGUGGAAAAUUUGCGGUGGAUCUGCAAAUGGAUUCACAUUCUGGAAAGCAGCCCAACAAUGUAUUGAAAAAGGAAGUCUCAGACACAACAAAUACAAGUAUAUCUUUGGCAGGCGAAAGCUGCCUAAUGCAAAUGUUUGGUACUUCUGUCAAGCCUAUAGGUUUGGGAUCUGUUGUCCAUGGAAAGCUGUGGUGCAGUAAGCACACAAUAUAUCCAAGAGGUUUCAAGAGUCGAGUUAAUUUCUUUAGCAUUCUUGAUCACAAGAUGUGUAACUAUAUAUCUGAAGUCAUUGAUGCUGGAUUUCUUGGACCUCUUUUCAAGGUUACCUUGGAAGAAUGUCCAAGUGAAGCUUUCACUGAUACCUCAGCAGAUAAGUGCUGGGAAUCAGUUCUAAAGAGACUGCAUCACGAAAUAACUAGGCGAAGGAGUGUAGGUGAACUAGAACUUCCUCCCUUAGAGCUUCUAAAAAGCAUUAACGGUCUUAGAAUGUUUGGCUUCCUUUUACCAUCCAUUAUUCAGGCCAUUGAAGCUCAAGAUCUCAGUCAUCGGUGCGUAGAGUACUGGAAUCACAAAGUUGUCCCUGCAUCUUCAGGCAGGGUCAUUGAUAAGUUAACGUAUGGUUCAAGUAGGUCUUUAGGUAAUGUCAAUACCAAAGUUUUUGGUAUUAAUUUGAUAAAGCAGGAAAAGGAUAACAUAGGAGGAAGUUGCCAUUCCCUUGUAGAGAUGAAACCAAUACUACAAAGGGCAAGUUCUGAUGAGUUAAGCACAAUGCAGAAGUUAUUCAGCUCUGAUGCACAAUGUUCUCAGUGGAGAAUGGCUUUGGUAGCACUGAUUGAUGAGAUCCAGAAAGCUGGUGGAUAAAACAAGAAUAAGAUCCUAAAUUCUUUCUGACUGUGGAUAGUCAUAUUUCAAUUUAGUAAUUAGUUAGGUCCAUUCUUUCAGAGAUAAAUUAAACUGAAGUUGCUGGGUGAAGCCGAGAUAAAAUUUUGCUACUUGCCCGCAAUCAAUGACCUAAUUACAGAUGGACAAUGCCAUUGACCCAUUCAAACUUUCCUUUUUUAAAGUACAUUUACAUUUAAAGGUCUAGCCUUUAGGCUUUAGCUGUUGCUGGAUUUGGGUUUUACAUUUUUCUCCUUUCUUAUGUUGCUGUAUAUACACAGAAAAAUAAAUGCUGCUAUUACAAUAAAUGAUAGAGAAGGGAAAACACAUGGUGAAAUCCUAUAUUCAGAGUGAACAUGCUCCUGCUCAGAAUUUUGUAUACAUGACCUUGUCUCAAGCAAACAACAAUGCAUAAAUCCCCACACCCUGCAUUAUUUGUACUUAAUUUGACUAAUUUUGCUCUGUGUGUGACUCCCUCAAAUACUCUACACAUCAAACGCCCAUAGAGUAAUAUCAUUUUAAUUUAGAAAAAUAAGAAUCGA